AACCAUAGGCGGGAGAUUAAAGUUUCGUUCAUUGUGGUUUUUUAUAGUCAUCCUCGACUAAAUUGUGAUUAAACAUGUGGAAUGUGUAUUGUGAGUUACAUUCAAACAACCCAUGAAUAUCGUAAGCCAGGUGUGAGUGCCGCGUAACCGCCCUAGUGCUUUGUGUUUUGAUUUUGACUUGUUUGUAUCUGUCACACACACAUGGGGAGAAUCUGACGAGUGCAUUUGAACAGGAUGGAGCCCUCGAAGUUUGUGGUCAAGUGUGGGAAUUACGCCGUGCUGGUGGAUCUUCACAUAUUGGCCUUAGGCGAAGACAAUGCCAACUGGUUCUCUCCAGCGCACAGGAAGGAAGUGGGCUCUUUGAUUAGGGAUGCAGUGGAGCCAAGGGUGAGGCAGUUCCAAGAGGCCAGAUACCAAAAGAUCCAGUCCAAACCAAGGAAAGAUCUCACCCCGACUGCCCCUCUUUGUCUUGAAGGUGGGAAUGUUCGCCUAGCGGUGCACUUCAUGAAACGACAUGUCAACCUGCGAUGCAUUGUCAGGCAGCACUACAGAGAGUUGCGUGUAUUUCCCGAGCGUGUUGUAGUGUGUGCCAGUCCUCCAGAGAAUUCCGCACUUCCCAAUGGAAAUCUGAACCUGGAUGUGUGUGAACAGAGUCAGUCAAAAUACUUUUCUAACUCUGGUGAGAACGCAAUUCCAUUACCAAGCUCCGCAGCUACAAAAAGAGCUGUCCUUCAGAAGAUUGCCAGGAAGACAAAAAUCCAGUCCCAACAAUCCCAAGAUAUUCAAGAGUCCAAAACAGGCCAAUUUCAAGCAAAAAAUGCAGAGACGGGGUCUAGAUCUGUCCUUCAGAGGAUAACCAGACAGGCAAACGUCCAACAGUGCCAAGAUGAUCAAGAGCCCAAAUCAGGCCAAUUUCAAGCAGACAAGCAGGAAAAAAGGUCUGGAGAUGUCCCUCAGAAGAUAACCAGACAAGCAAACGUCCAACCUCAACAGUUCCAAGAUGAUCAAGAGUCCAAAUCAGGCCAAUUUCAAGCAGACCUCCAGAAAGGGUCUGGAGAUGUCCCUCAGAAGAUAGACAAACAGACAAACGUCCAACUUCCACAAUCACAAGAUCAUAAAGAGUCUAAUUCAGACCAAUUUCCUGCAAACCAAGCAGAGAAUGGAUCUAGAUCUGUCCUUCAGAAGAUAGUCAAACAGACAAACGUCCAACCUCCACAAUCGCAAGAUCGUCAAGAGUCCAAUUCGGGCCAAUUUCCAGCAGACCAAUCAGAGAAAGGAUCUAGAUCUGUCCUUCAGAAGAUAGCCAAACAGACAAACACCCAACCUCCACAAUCCCAAGAUGAUCAAGAGUCCAAAUCAGAGCAAUUUUCAGCAGACGAAUUAGAGAAGGGAUCUAGAUCUGUCCAUCAGAAGAUUGCCAGACAGGCAAACAUCCAAUCCCCACAUUCCAUACAAGAUGAUCAAGAGUUCAAAUCAGGCCAAUUUCAAGUAGCAGAGGAGUUUGCGGAAGCAUGUCUCCCUCCCCCAAUGUUAGUAUCAAGCACUGAGUCAUUGGUGGACGGGAAAGGGUUGUCGUCAUCUAAAUUAGGUAACAAUAAAGAUGUCACUGAAUCCAAUCUUGACACCACCGGUCCAAGAAGACGCCCACGGGCCCCGAGUAGCUCAGGAGAGGACGCUGACCACCAAAAGACAAAAAGAUUGCGACUUGGACAGCCUACAGUGUCAAGCGAUUCCAACAAUCCCUCUUCCGGCAUCGCCGCACAAGACUCUGUUUGCAGUCCCCAGCCUGAGAUUUCACAGACUAACCAAAGCGGGCUGGCCACAAGUCUAAGAGGCCUAUCCGUCAAGCCCGUAUCCUCUGGGUCCUCUAUUAGUUCCAGACCGGCCGCCAGAGAGGGAAGGAAGGGGGGCGAACCCAGAACAUCCCGAUUACGCCGGCUCAAGAAGUCCUGAGGGGUGCAGCAGCAUACAACGAGAGCGGAUAUCUGACGCCACCUCCAUGGAUCUUACAGUACACACUUCUACUGUAAUGCUGUCUGUCAGCAGUAGUUGCACAAGAGUUCACCACACACAGCCGUUGCACAUACAGCAUUUUGCUUCUGCCUUCCAAGUAAUAACACACACACACACACACACACACACACACACACACACACACAAACUGCUUAUAUUAGAUUACAGAGAAGCUUUUUAAAGUUUGAAUAAGCUCCACUAGCUUUAAAGCAACUCGUACAAAUCGUAACUUCACUCUAAACAAAAACACAAAUGCAGUUUGCGUAUUCUGCGUAAGAGUUGUAUUUCAGACUAACGGGAGCCGCAGAGCACACUGUGGCUUCAAGCCCAAAUCUCUGGCUCCAUCCGUCUGAAAUCUCCCCUCUUCCAGCUUCAGCUGAGCACAUGAUUGAUUUCGCUGUGUUCUCACACACACACAACGCUCUUUAAGCGAUCAGGGCUUUUCACCGUUGGAGCCGACUGCCGUCUCUUUGCGGUUAUUAUUUGUAAAUGUGUUAUUGCUUUUCGUAACAGCUAAAAGUCUUCUGCGGGAUGAUUGACAACGUUGUGGAACUCUGCAGUGCCUCUCGCGUCCGAUAUUUGGCUAAUCACGGGUGCAGUCGACAUUGAUGUAGUGCGUGAUGGCAGGAUGAUUAUACGUACGGACAGAAAUGCUCACAUGAGAGUCACAUGCUCGGUUUUCCAAUCGUACUUACAAAUUACUUGAUGUUUAUGUCUUUAGGAUAAUUGAUAUGUGUCAUGAAUAUGUUAUGAAAAUCGACGAAUAUUGUUUCGUAAUAGCACCGUAACAAUGCAGAGUUUAGAGUUACAGUACAGUACUUUUUAAAGCAGUUCCACUGUAUAUUCUGUAAUGAAAACCAUUAAAGAUGGAAAUCGUUUGUUUUAAU